AUGAAGACCUCCAUCGUCGCCAUCACCCUCCCGCUCCUUGCGGCAGGAGCCAAUCUACAGCCUCGCCAGACGACCCAGAGCACGAGCGCAUGCCCUUCACUCUGGUCCGCGGUGCUCACCUCGGCACCGCCGUUCCCGACCGCGGUGCAAGAGUUCCGCAGCUCGCUGUCGGCCCGCGUCACCGACGUGUGCAUGUCGUUUGGCGACCCGGACAUGCCAGACUCGGUCGUGACCGCGCUCGCCAGCUACCAGGACACUUUCGCCGAGUACCUGUCCAGGGGCCAGGCGUCAAGCGUCUACAGCCUCUGCUCGGAGUGGCUGGAUCAGCCGAUCCAGCUGACGGAUGCGUCGCAGAUCGUGUCGUCGAGGUCGCGCAUGUCGGUGUAUGAGUCCUGUCGGAAGGACGGCAAGCUGAGCUCGUGGUGGACCAGCUCGCCGGUGACCAUGACGCAGACUGGCCCUGCCACUACUGCUGCGGCAACUGGAGGUAGCGCUGCUACCAGCGCCGGUCAGACGGCUGCGACGUCACCGCCUGCUGGCGGGGCUGCUGCCCGAGGCACUCCUCCUAUUGCAGCCGUGCCCGUGGUGGUUGCCGUUGUCUUUGGUAGCAUUGUGGCCUGGGUGUAG